GUAAUCCCACGUGACCCUACGCCAUCUUUCUUCCUGGCGGUGCCGUCCCACUCCACUGCGCAGACGCGGAAGCUUCGGUAACCGGCGCCCGAAGUUGAUUGCGGACGCCUCCGCACCCCUUCCCAGAUCUGGGCUCAGCAUGGCCGCCCUGCUUGUACGGAGCGUGGUGGCUUCGGUAGUGGACCCGUUCCUGCACCUGAGUCGCCUCGCGGUGAAGCCCCGGGCCUUCUCAUUCCUGCUGGGGACGAUGCCAAGCGCCAAACCCUGCGCAGAGGUGCGCUCACUUCUCUGUGGCCGUCCCUUGCCGUCCAUGCAGCCCUCGCUGAGCUUCAAAACCAAGGGUGUCCUCAAGAAGCGCUGUAGAGACUGCUACAUGGUGAAGAGGCGCGGGCGCUGGUUUGUCCUCUGUAAGACCAACCCCAAGCAUAAACAGCGACAAAUGUAGGCCGUUCCUUCAAGCAGUGCCCAUGGGAAAUUCAUUUCACCUUAUCAGAGAAAAAUAAACGAAAGCAUUCUGUAAAUUC